CACGAGCAUAACCUUCUCCUCAUAUCUGGAGUUUUGUCCUGUCGACAACUACUGAGAUAUUGCUAAAUCUGCGGCAAUAUCGCUGUCAAAAUGCUGGUUCUAUUCGAGACCUCGCUGGGGUUCUGUCUCUUCAAGCUAAAUAACGAUGCGAAGCUCGACCAGCCAGACCUGUGGAAAGAGUUCGAGACUCCAGAGAAAGCGAAUGCAUUCCUAAGAUUCAAAGCCUUGCAUCGGUUCGAUUCCACAGCUACCGCCGUGGAGCACCUCUCCGCGGCCCAAGAGUCCAAGCUCUCCAAAGGACUCAAGAAGUUCCUCACGGAAGAAGUAGUCAACAAGGCCAAGGGGAAGGAAACGCUUGUCGUAGCGGACUCGAAGCUCGCAGGCACAAUAUCGAAGAAGCUAGGUAUCCAGGUGCAAUCGGGCGACAGCUCGCUCGACCUCGACCGCGGAAUUCGCGAACAGCUUGUAUCCCUUCUCGACGGACUUACCCAAGACGAUUUGCAGUCAUUUUCACUUGGUGUUGGACAUAGCAUGUCUCGUUAUAAGCUCAAGUUCUCGCCGGAUAAGGUGGAUACGAUGGUCGUGCAGGCUAUCGCAUUACUUGAUGAAUUAGACAAGGAGAUCAACCACUAUUCCAUGCGGGUCAAGGAAUGGUAUGGAUGGCACUUUCCAGAAAUGGCCAAGAUCAUCACCGACAACCUUGCAUACGCUAAGGUCGUCCGCACGGUGGGCAUGCGCACAAAUGCCGCCACCACAUCUCUUGCCGAGAUCCUGCCCGAGGACCUCGAAGCCACCGUCCGCGUUGCCGCUGACAUAUCCAUGGGUACCGAGAUCUCGGAGAGUGACAUUGCGCAUAUCCACCUACUGUGCGACCAGGUGAUCAGCAUGACCGAAUACCGUGCACAACUGUCUGAGUACUUGCGCAAUCGCAUGAACGCUAUUGCGCCAAAUCUGACUGCGCUUGUUGGAGAGCUCGUGGGGGCGAGGCUCAUCAGCCAUGCCGGAAGCUUGCUGAGCUUGGCGAAGCAGCCAGCAAGUACGGUGCAGAUUUUGGGUGCGGAGAAGGCCCUCUUCCGGGCGCUGAAGACGAAACACGAUACACCGAAGUACGGGUUAAUCUACCAUGCCUCCCUCAUCGGCCAGGCACCCCAAAAACUUAAAGGCAAAAUGGCACGUAUGGUUGCGACCAAGACUGCCCUUUCCGUCCGUGUCGAUGCGCUCACCGAAGUCGAAGCGAAGGGCGAGCCGAUGGCCGCGUCGAUCGGCAUUACCAACCGGGCAAAGCUUGAGUCUCGCCUCCGGGCGUUGGAGUACAAGUCAGGCCUCACCUCUGCUCGUGCGGCAGUCGAUCCGCAGUCGAGUGCACGCAAGCAGGCACCAUUUACGAUGUCCGGCAAUGGGGCAACUUACAACACUGCCGCUGACUCGGUCGUCUUGCCCACUCAGCGGGACCCGCAGGCGAAGGCACAGCAAGCAGCGAACGAGGUUGCGAGUGAACUGGCUGAGGAAGUCGAGUUGAAGAAGAAAGAGAAAAAGGAAAAGAAAGAGAAGAAGCGUAAGAUGAGUGAGGCGUUCGAUGCCGCUGCGGAGACGAAUAUUCCAGCUGAGGCGAAUGGGGACGUGGGUAUGGCGGACCACGUAGGGGAGACAGAAGAGGAAUGUAAAGAGCGCAAGCGGCUGAGGAAGGAGAAGCGGAAGAGCGAAAAGCUGGGUGGUGCGGAGGAGUCACCUGCAAAGGCGGCACCACCCGCCCCACCAACUACCCCUGCGCUCAACGGGGAAGGCGAGAAGAAGAAGAAGCGGAGGGCCAGUGAGGCGGCCGGCCUGACGGGCGCUGACGAGGGUGGAGAGAGGAAGAAGAAGAAGAAACGCAUGACCGAGGCUGCUUAAGUAUGGUCGUUUGUUGUAGUUGAUCUUGCGACUCUGCUUCAGUUUCUGUUCAUCUUGUGUUGAAUAUCAUUGU